CUCUGGUGGCAGGGAGGUGUGACCGACCCGCAAUUCCCUGUUCCCUGCCCGUGACAGCUCCAAUCCAUCACGUGGAGGGCUCGGCCGAUGGGUUCACACCAGAGUAUUUAGGGGGGAAGGCACCAGGCGCUGAUAGGGACGUGCAGAGCAGCGUGGGGAGGGCGUGGGGCGAGCCGGCCCAUGGGCACCGGUGCUUGGCGUGGCAGCGAGGACACGUCCCGGCCGGCCCCCACGUCUCCCCCAGCAGUGAGAUCGACAUCCGUGCCACGAUGACCGUCUCCUACACUCUCAAAGUCGCCGACUCCCGUUUCGGGGGCUUCUCCAAGCUGCUCUUCCGCUGGAAGGGCAGCAUCUACAAGCUGCUGUACAAGGAGUUCAUCGUCUUCGUGGUGCUGUAUGCGCUGCUCAGCAUCGUCUACCGGCGGCUGCUGACCGAGGAGCAGAAACGUCUCUACACCAAAGUGGCUCAGUACUGCAACCGCUCCACGGACCUCAUCCCCAUGUCCUUCGUCCUAGGUUUUUACGUCACCCUGAUUGUGAACCGGUGGUGGGCGCAGUACACCAGCAUCCCCCUCCCCGACCAGCUCAUGUGCGUCAUCUCCAGCAACGUCCACGGCAAGGACGAGAGGGGUCGGAUCCUGCGGCGCACCCUGAUCCGCUACGCCAACCUCUCGGCCGUCCUCAUCCUGCGCUCCGUCAGCACCAGGGUGCUCAAGCGCUUCCCCACCAUGGACCACGUGGUGGAAGCGGGCUUCAUGACGCAGGACGAGCGCAAGAAGUUGGAGAGCCUGCACUCGGACUUCAACAAGUACUGGGUGCCCUGCGUGUGGUUCACCAACCUGGCGGCGCAGGCCAGGCGGGACGGCCGCAUCCGCGACGACGUGGCCCUGCGCCUGCUGAUGGACGAGCUGAACGCGUUCCGGGCCAAGUGCAGCAUGCUGUUCCACUACGACUGGAUCAGCAUCCCGCUGGUGUACACGCAGGUGGUCACCAUCGCCGUGUACUCCUUCUUCGCCUUCUGCCUCAUCGGGCGGCAGUUCCUGGAGCCGCUGGAGCCGGGGCAGGAGGGGGAUCUGGACAUGUACGUGCCCCUCUCCACCCUCCUGCAGUUCUUCUUCUACGCCGGCUGGCUGAAGGUUGCCGAGCAGAUCAUUAAUCCUUUCGGGGAAGACGACGAUGACUUUGAGACCAACAAGCUGAUAGACAGGAAUCUGCAGGUGUCCCUGCUCUCGGUGGACGACAUGUACCAGAACCUGCCGCCAGCCGCCAAGGACAAGUACUGGAACGAGUCCACGGCUCAGCCCCCCUACACCAUGGCCACCGCCGCCGAGACCCUGAAGCCCUCCUUCCUGGGCUCCACCUUCGACAUGCGCAUGUGCGAGGACAUGGAGCAGAGCCAGCCGGUGGAGGCCUCUCCAAGCAUGCCGCGCAUCCAGACGCCCCUGCUCGGCCGCUUCCUCGCCGCCGCCUCCCCCGCCAUCAGCAUCAAAAAUUUCGGCCGGGGCGGCCGAGCCACCCCCCGCCUGCGGCGUCCCCGGGGGGACGGAGCCUUCCCCUCCCCGCACCCCGGCCGCCCCGAGGACCCCGAGGCGGUGGAUCGCAUCGAGGAGGAGGAGACGGAGGAUGAGGAGAGCCGGGGCAGUGGGCCCCCCACCCCGGGUGGUCCCCUGGGGGGACCCCGGUCACCAAAGGCCUCCGAAAUGCGGAGGAAGGAGCUGCCGUCGGUCCUGGUGAAGGCUCCGUCCAACGAGAGCAUUGGGGCUGAGCGGCCGGGGGGCUGGGAGCCCUGAAGGUGCCCCGAUGGCACCCCCGACCCUGUCCCCAGACACCCCCUUGAGCCCCCCUGCAUGCUGUUAGCCCCAGAACUGCAGGAGCCAGCCCGUGUGCGUGGUGAUGCCACUGGCAGGCACGGCCACGCUCCCUCCCUGCCUCCAAGAACCAACAGAGGGGACAGGGACAGCCCAGACACCGAGCAAGGGACAGGACAACGGCAUUCAGCGCCGUGCUGAUGUCCCCUCAGUACCAAUAAAGCUGCUGACAGCUUCAGCUUUCAGGUUUGU